AAGCAAGAGGCACAGCAGCAGUGGCAGAAGCAGACAGGAGCAGCUGGUAUUCCGGUGAUUAAAUAGUUCUCAUAGCCUUUUUGCUGUACCCGGUCUGCUCCCUGGGGUAAGGCUCGUGUCCGAGAAGGAAGCUGCAUUUUAACGGUGUGCUGAACAGAGGUCUGAAUCAUUCCAGCUGGCUGCUUGUUUUGAAAAGGACAAUGUGUGUAUAAAUAAAAAGACUGCUGGAAGGGUCCAGACACCGGCACCGGAGCUGAGGAGUGCUCUCAGAAUCCUGUUGAGGCAGAUGGCACGAACUGAAAGCUCCGCUAAUUAACGUGGAGCCAAGUAAACCUGAAUUCUGGAUAUCUCAUUUUCUAACUUCGGAUAAAUUCAAGUUAGCAAAAGAAAAAAAAAUUGAAAUGCUUCUCUAGAUAAUGCUUAAAGGACCCUGCAGCAGUUCUUGGUAUUGGACAUAGCAUCUCAGCUGUUGCCUCCUGGUCCGCUGACUACCAGAUUUGACUCAUUUGUGAUUCCUUCGAGAAUCUCCCAUGAUUUGCAAUGGUUACAUGAAUGUUUGGGAAGGAAAACUGGCAACAUCUUAGUAUAUGUUCUCCAUGGCACAUUAGGGAAAGAAGCCAGAAAAGGCUCCCAACGCAUUGAUUUUUAAAAUGAAUCUUAUUUUAAAGUUUCGAAGAAGCUUUCGAACACUGAUUGUUCUCUUAGCUACUUUUUGCUUGGUGAGCAUCCUCAUUUCUGCCUACUUCCUGUACUCUGGCUACAAACAGGAAAUGACACUUAUUGAAACGACUGCAGAAGCAGAGUGUGCUGACAUCAAAGACCUCCCUUAUCGGUCUAUAGAGCUGAGAACCAUCAAGCCUAUUGAUACAUCCAAAACUGACCCCACUGUCCUUCUCUUUGUAGAGAGCCAGUAUUCGCAACUUGGUCAAGAUAUUAUAGCAAUCUUGGAGUCCAGUCGGUUUCAAUACCAGAUGGUCAUUGCUCCAGGCAAGGGAGACAUACCGCCUCUUACCGAUAGUGGCAAAGGGAAGUACACAUUGAUUAUUUAUGAAAAUAUUCUGAAGUACGUCAGCAUGGACUCAUGGAACCGGGAGCUUUUAGAAAAAUACUGUAUAGAAUACAGUGUUAGCAUAAUUGGUUUUCAUAAAGCCAAUGAGAACAGUUUACCAACUACACAACUGAAAGGGUUUCCUUUGAACUUAUUCAAUAACGUAGCUCUGAAGGACUGCUCUGUGAACCCCCAGUCUCCUCUGCUCCAUAUUACCAAAGGCCCCAAAGUUGAAAAGGGACCUCUUCCUGGGGAAGACUGGACAAUUUUCCAGUAUAACCAUUCUACCUAUCAGCCAGUGCUUUUAACUGAGUUACAGUCAGAAAAGUCCCUCUCUUUCUUGUCCAGCCAAACACUUUAUGCGACAAUUAUUCAGGAUCUGGGGCUUCAUGACGGGAUUCAGCGAGUUCUUUUUGGUAACAACUUGAACUUUUGGUUGCACAAGCUCAUUUUCAUAGACGCCAUCUCCUUCUUGUCGGGGAAGAGGUUGACACUGUCCUUGGACAGGUACAUCCUUGUGGACAUUGAUGACAUAUUUGUGGGGAAGGAGGGCACGAGAAUGAAUGUCAAAGAUGUGAAGGCAUUACUAGAGACUCAAAAUUUACUGCGCACUCAGGUUGCAAAUUUUACCUUCAACCUUGGAUUUUCAGGGAAGUUUUACCACACAGGAACCGAAGAAGAGGAUGAAGGUGACGACCUUCUGCUGAGGUCUGUGGAUGAAUUCUGGUGGUUUCCUCACAUGUGGAGUCACAUGCAGCCCCACCUCUUCCACAAUGAAUCAUCUUUAGUGGAACAGAUGAUUCUCAACAAAGAAUUUGCCCUGGAACAUGGAAUUCCGAUCAACCUGGGCUACGCAGUGGCCCCACAUCACUCAGGGGUCUACCCAGUCCAUAUUCAGUUGUAUGCAGCUUGGAAGAAAGUCUGGGGUAUUCAGGUCACCAGCACUGAAGAGUACCCACAUCUGAAACCUGCGCGGUACAGGAAGGGCUUCAUUCAUAAUAGCAUCAUGGUCCUCCCUCGACAGACCUGUGGGCUGUUCACACAUACUAUUUUCUACAAGGAGUAUCCAGGAGGACCUCAAGAAUUGGAUAAAAGUAUCAAAGGAGGUGAACUCUUCCUCACAAUCCUUCUAAAUCCAAUCAGCAUUUUCAUGACACAUCUUUCUAACUAUGGAAAUGACCGCCUCGGCUUGUACACCUUUGUGAACUUGGCCAACUUUGUGCACAGCUGGACCAACUUGAAACUGCAGACCCUGCCUCCAGUGCAACUGGCCCACAAAUACUUCGAGCUCUUCCCUGAGCAGAAAGACCCUCUCUGGCAGAAUCCAUGCGACGAUAAACGACACAAAGACAUCUGGUCCAGGGAGAAAACCUGUGACCAUUUACCGAAAUUCCUUGUGAUUGGGCCACAGAAGACAGGAACAACUGCACUUUAUUUAUUUCUUCUAAUGCACCCCUCCAUCAUCAGCAAUCUUCCUAGCCCCAAAACCUUUGAAGAAGUUCAAUUUUUUAAUGGCAACAACUAUCACAAGGGAAUUGAGUGGUAUAUGGACUUUUUCCCCACUCCUUCCAACAUUACCAGUGAUUUCCUAUUUGAAAAGAGUGCUAACUACUUCCACUCAGAAGAGGCUCCCAAGAGGGCUGCAUCUCUUGUUCCCAAAGCCAAGAUCAUUACUAUCCUCAUAGACCCCUCGGACAGGGCAUAUUCUUGGUACCAGCACCAACGAUCUCAUGAAGAUCCAGCUGCCCUGAGGUUCAAUUUCUAUGAAGUUAUCACAACAGGACAUUGGGCCCCUCCUGAUUUAAAAACAUUGCAGAGGAGAUGUCUGGUGCCUGGGUGGUAUGCAGUGCACAUAGAAAGAUGGCUGGCCUACUUUUCUACUUCCCAGUUGCUAAUUAUUGAUGGACAACAGCUGAGAUCUGACCCAGCUACUGUGAUGGAUGAAGUCCAGAAGUUUCUAGGAGUUACACCUCAUUAUAAUUACUCGGAAGCACUAACGUUUGAUCCCCAGAAAGGCUUUUGGUGUCAGCUACUAGAAGGAGGAAAAACCAAAUGCCUUGGGAAAAGCAAAGGCCGAAAAUACCCGCCCAUGGAUUCAGAGUCCAGAACUUUCCUCUCCAGCUACUACCGCGACCACAACGUGGAACUCUCGAAGCUGCUGCACAGGCUGGGGCAGCCUCUGCCCUCGUGGCUGAGACAGGAGCUGCAGAAAGUGAGGUAGCACUCGUGAGGAGAACAUGGCACCGAGUCACCAUUAAGUAGAAAAGGCAAACCAAGCAACUCUAUCCUUUUCAUACGCGUGUGAUUAUCAGGAGAGGACUGUGAAUAAAUUCCUAUCGAUGUUUUCUGUCAAAUGAAAACAUAUAUGCACGCAUUGGCAAUUAUUAGCAUUAUUCUUUACUUAAGGCUUUUGGAAAUAAAAUAUGGGGUUUGCGGCAAUAUCUUGUGUCUAGUCUGGGGAUCACCAUACAGCUCACUUCCUCUGUCAUCCAGAUUUCAGGUCACCACUUCACUAAUGCUCUGACUGUAUGCAAAUUACCAACUUAAACUAUGAGGAAAAGAUAAGAGUCUAAAAAUGAAUUCAGGUUUAACCCAGCGUCUGAAUGAAGGGCUAAUGUUUCUAAGCACCAUUUAUCCAUUGGUCCAGCAUCCCACUUCAUCGCUAUGGCAUGCCAUCCUCAGAAAACUCCAACAUGGUCUCUGGAGAGCCCCAGGAAAUUGGGAAAUUGUGAUUCUGAACUGUAGUACCCUAGAAAGUGAGGGCCAUCUUUAGUGGGCUCAUGGUCUUGCUACAUUUUCAGUCUAGAUUCUCCUACCUUGGCAGUGAUUGAGCAUUUAUACAUAUUUUGUUCACUAUUCCAAAUAGGGAGAAGAAAAAACUUUAUUGACUAGAAAUGUAAACAUCUAGAUGUAUUUGCAGAUCUAAACAGGCAUUGAGCCUUCUCUGUAAGACAUAUGUCCAUCUAUUUGCAAGCAUGAUAUUUUAUAUAUGCCACUACAUCUACUAUGACAAAGUUUUACUGUCUGUGUUUAAAACCAUUUAAAACUUACAUUAUACUGCAAACUUACCAAUUUGAGCAUCACUAAUUCUCUUACUUGAACUCAAUUUCAUAGACAUAAAACUCAGAAAUUAAUUUUAAAAGAUGUUUUAUUUUGUUUUGAGUUACAAGUUCCUAUAGUAUUUGAAGUCUAUGUAAGCCACAUUAACUGGAAUUUUAUCCUCUUUGUCAACAAUGAUCUAGAAAAGCUUAAUUUAUCUUUUGAGUGAUACAUGAAGGUAAAUUUACUAUAACAGUCAACCAAGGUGACUUUGGGAACAUUACCCACAUAUCUCCCUCCUCCUGAGUAAUUUUUCUAGAGGCUGUAAAUAAUAACAUCAUUUAUUCUCUCUUUAAUUCAAAAGACACAUGUAGUCUUGUGUGUGUGUGUGUGUGUGUGUGUGUGAGAGAGAGAGAGAGAGAGAGAGAGAGAGAGAGAGAGAGAGAUGAAUUAGUCAAACAAAUUCAAUAUGGCUAUUCUAAAAUAGCAUUGGUGUCUCUUUACACAUUGAAAAUCAACUUAUCAUCUAUAUUUCACUACUGUUUCUGCUUAUUUUCUAUUUUUACUUAGCAUUUCUGUCGACCUUUAUCAGAAACAUGUGAGAUUCCUUUUCUUCUUUAUUGGUAUAAAUCACAAUAUUUUCCAGUUUCGUUUUUAGCUGUGGGGCUUAACGUCUCACCCUUUUUACUUACAUAAAAGUGCUAUACAUUUUAUUAAAAUGGUGAAAAAUAACCAUGAUGAUUUAUUUAGACCACUACUAUUUAUUCACCAUUCCCCUCCUAGUUCUGUUAUAUAACUAGCGCAGCCUGCCUUCAAGUGUGCAAUCCUCCUGCCCUCCCCUCUGCUGCACUGGGCUCACAGUGGGCACUGCUAUGUCUACUUCUAAUUACUUUAUUAACCUAAGGAAAUAAUCAUCUUUCCUUUAUAGGAGAUUACAGUGAUAGUUAUAGAGUGAGGAUAUUUUCAUAUCAAAUAAUAUCGAUAUAACGCAAGAACAUCCAAUGCAUCACCUAAUUUAGUAAUGACAUGAAUUUUCUGCAUUUUCACAUUUUAAUAAUGUCUCCAUAUCAGUGACCUACCUAACAAUAUCUGAAAGCAAACUGUCAACCCAACUUAACUAUUCUCUUUUUUUUCCUGGUUAUUCGAAUCAUUACACAUAUUUUCUUACUAUCUUUUAUAAUAAAAUGAGCAACUAUAUUUAAUUAUUAACAAGAUUUUAUCUAAAAGUUUGAAGGAAUCUAGACUCUGAGAUUCUGCACUGUAGUAAUUGGGAAAACUCACCUUUAAUAUUUUCCUUUUUAAAGAUUUCUUCCCACUUCAGGAAUGUUGUCUCAGAACCUAAUAGUGUAAUUCUUUAGAAUUUUAAAUUACAUCCUCAGUUUUAAGCGAUACACAUUAAAUAUUAGAAUUUUUUUAAAAUAUCCUUUAGCACACUGGCAUGGUUGUUUCAUUCUUUUCCAGACUUUUGGAGCCUUGCAGGACUUACAAAUAUACCUGUCAACUACUUUCACUUUGUUAAUGGUAAAAAUAUAAUUUAAUUGUUUCUGAUACUAAAUUAUAAAAGUUAUACUAUGAAAAUUCAUCUAAAAUAAAUUUAGAUUCUAUUUAACAAUAACCAAACAUAAUUUUAAAAAACAUGCAGAACAGCAGUACUAGUUUCACACACACACACACACACACACACACACACACACACACACACACACACACCAAAAUGCUCUCCCCUGCCACACACAGAGGUCUAAUAGUUUCUCUAUAUCUAAAUUUUAACAAACCCUUCUUACAUUUAAUCUUGCUCUGCUUUUUAAGUAUUACUGCUUUACUGUAAUACAAAGUAACCUAUAUUCUGGACUUACUGAUUGAUCUCUUUUAAAUUACAGGAAACAAGGUAUUUAUAUAGAACCAAUACUAAAGCCUUCUAUUUCUGAUGGUGACAGAAAAUGCUUUUUGUUUGAGAAAGGGGGAGGGACUCAAAAAUAACAUGGGCCAGCUGACUUCAUAAAGCAGACUGUCUAGCCUAGUAGUCUAUUCAUAUUGAUAUUUUUUUCAUAAUCAACUUUAGAAAUGCAAUCCUGGCAGAAAACUGUACAUACACUUCAAAAAUGUGCAAAUAUAUAAAAAUGUGUUGUGUCUGAGAAACCUAAAGACCUUUUGAUCACAUCAGUAAUUUUCUUUGUAAACCAGUGAGAUACCCCAGAUAGGCAGAGAGAAAACCCUGUAUUGACUGAAAUGAACUGUUAAAAAAGCUGUUGUUGCCCAAGCAUAAGGGACCAUGACCAUCUCUUCCUCCAAAUAAACCCUGCUGCUGGUACAGCCACUGGAGUGAUACUGUUUGUAUGAAAGCUGGCCUUUAAGUGCGGGUUGAUAACUCCCUUGUCUUCAUGAUUGCAUACACAAUCCCUGGAUGCCAAGCAUCAAAUGUAAACCCGGGAAUGGGUUUUCAAAGUCGGAACCCUCAUCCCAGUUCUGCCUCUCAGUAGCCUUGUGGCCUUAGAUAAUUUGUGGAACUUCCCUGAGCCACAGUCUUAUUUGUUUUUUUCUGUACAAUAAAGACAAUAAAAAAUUACCCAUGAGGUUAUUAUAACCUAUUACUGAAAGGAUGUUUGCAUAACAGCACAAUGGCUGAAAUAGUUGUGCUUAAAUAUAUUAGUCAUAAAAAAUAAUGUAUAACUAAUCAUGGCUCUCUUCUCUUCCAUCAAACAGGAAUGUGUGUUUUCUACUCCUGUUAAUAAUAAAAUGUGUUUAAUAAAACAUGUAAUUGUAUUUGGUCCAAUGAGAAAUGAUCUUCCUAAUCAUUAUCCCAAAGAGGAGUCUGGGCUGCUCACUGCUCUGCUCUGGUGAUCAGCAUCCAGAGUGAGGUAGCGCCUCCUUCGCUCAGACCUCCUCUCCUCCUCCCAACUUUGUAUUUAUUCAGUGACUAGUUCUGUUCUUUCUGUCUAUCCCUGUAAUUCUUUUCUAGCCCAGUGGAUACAUUGCCAAAAAUGUCAGAUGGAGACCGCUGGUUUUUUCAACAAAUGAGAGGUUUAAUGGUGGUAGAUGUGAGAAUAUAUUCUACGAAGGCAUGUAUAAUAAAGAAUUAAUUCUUUCAAUCUGUAUAUAAAAAAGUACAAGAAAAUGUCUUUGAGUCUCUACAAAUCUCAACUUCAACCAUCUAAUGAAAGCUUUUGUUCUGUAGAUGAAAACACUUUAUUAUAUACAUUUAUAUUAUAUAUUUAUAAAUAUCAAACAUUAUUUUCUGUAUUGUCCCAUGACAAAUAUAUAAUACAUCCAAGAUAAAUCAGCAGACAAACAAUUAAAAAUAUUGAGAUGUUUA